AUGGCUGAGCACGGUCCUUCAACAACCAAAAGUAGAAAGCUGACAGACUCCCCUCUCUUGUUCAAAGGCGAUUUUUUACUGAAGGAUGAAAUAUCGGCAGUGUUGUUUAGUCUUUGUUCAUGUAAACCCGUCCUGUUACCAUACAAAUUUGUCUCCUGCAAUGCAGCUACUUCUAAUGGAGGGACACCAUUCCUUAAGGCUUUCUGUGAUGUAGAACAACUGGAGAAAGGUUUCGUUUUGGGAGAUAUAUUUAGAAGAGGGAUAACAAUACUUAUUGACUUUCUGUAUGGAAAAAUACCAGAGGCAAAGCACGAAAGGAUUUUACUUGAAAUACUUGUAAGAUUUUUGAAGUCAGGUGAAAUGGUGGACUUGGACUUUGAAAAUAAGGCAGACAUGACAGCUGUGUUGGCUAAUCAUCUAUUUGGAAAGUUGGCAAUAUCAUCAUGGUACACAAUCGAUGAAGGAAACAAAUUAAAGAGUGGACAGAAAGAAAAUAAAUGCAGUUGCAGUGAUAAAGAAUGUGUGUUGACUGGAGGCUAUGGAGAUACAAGUAUAGGCAAUCCCAAUGCCUGGCAUGGCAGUGUAGACAUCAUAAUAAGGAACGAAAUUGCUAUCCAGAAUUUAGAGGAAGAGUCGGAAAUUCCAAGUACAAAAUCUCCCAAACAUGUGAAUCUGAGAAAUGACUCGCAGCUGGUUGCAGGAACUGUUGUGUCAUCUUUUCUACAGAAAAGGUUGCACCCUGACCUAUCUAACUUCCUCAUUCCAAGUAUAGGUAUUGCAGAUGAUACCAUGGUGAUAAUGUUCUAUGAUUCAGAGCAUGAUGUUUUUCUGGAGAGUUCUCCUAUAUCAAUCAAAUCUAUUUCCUGUGAAUACAAGUUUUCUCUUCAGGCAGUGAUUAUUACCUGGUUAGCCAUCAACUACAGGUUUUUGUGUACAGGCUUAACAGACAGUAUGAUUCCAUACAAAGCAGGGUUCUUCCAAAAGGCAAAGGACAAGUUAAAUAUAUAUGAAAAUGAACUUAGAAUGCAGAAUGUGGGUCCAGCAUUUGUAAAAGACACAGUCUUACCAAGUAAAUGGCACUAUAGUGCCUUUUUAAUCAAAAGUCGAAAGAGAAUUAGUGAAUGGCCAGGCCCACUCAAGCUUGAAAAUUAGUGUCAUAAAGAUUGUUACUCUGUCAUACUUGAACAUUUAAUUUAAUAGUGUUAUACAUUAUGUUUUAAACUCCUUACCAAAGUCCAAUUACAUUCCACUGUACAGCUAAAAGCAUAUGAGAACAUUUUUAGAGCAUUGAAAAAUAUUAAUUUGAAACAUGAUUCUUAUUCAAAAUGUCACAUAGUUAAUUGUACAUGUUACACUCAUUUUCAAACG